AUGAAUGUUGAGAUUGCAGCUCUAGAGGUAAAUAAUACAUGGACUGUUGUGGAUCUUCCUUGUGGCAAGACUCCAAUAGGUUGCAAAUGGGUGUAUAAGAUCAAAUAUCAUGCUAAUGGAUCCAUAGAGAGGUACAAAGCUCGCCUUGUGGCCAAAGGCUAUACACAAAUGGAAGGGGUGGAUUAUUUUGACACUUUCUCUCUAGUAGCUAAGAUGACUACUGUUAAAGGAUGGUGUGUAGAACAAUUGGAUGUGAAUAACGCCUUUCUUCAUGGUGACUUACAUGAGGAUGUUUACAUGACCCUCCCCCCUGGUUAUGCUACGAAUUCUUCGAAGUCUCAUGGUUCUUCCUUUACAGCUUUACUUGUUUAUGUUGAUGACAUCGUCUUGGCAGGUACAUCCAUUGAGGAAAUUAAGUUUGUCAAACAGUCUCUUGAUCAACAGUUCAAGAUCAAAGAUCUUGGCCAACUCAGGUUUUUUCUUGGCUUAGAAAUUGCUCGUUCCUCUUCUGGUAUUUUUCUAAAUCAACGGAAGUAUGCUCUUGAGCUCCUUGAAGACACUGGGUUCCUUGGUGCCAAGCCUGCUUCUGUCCCAGUUGACCCUCACACCAAACUGUCAGCUACUGAUGGUGAUCCCUAUGCAGAUCCAUCCGGCUAUAGACGCCUAAUUGGCAAACUCCUCUACUUGACUCACAUUAGGCAUGAUAUCUCUUUUGCUGUCCAACAUCUCAGUCAGUAUGUUUCCCAGCCUUUAGUCCCUCACUAUAAUGCUGCUACUCGCAUUUUGCGUUACUUGAAAUCUUGUCCAGCUAAAGGCAUUUUCUUCUCCAGUCAGACUCCAUUACAACUGCAUGGUUUUGCAGAUUCUGACUGGGCUUGCUGCCCCAAUACCCGACGGUCUAUUACUGGCUACUGCGUAUUGUUUGGCACUUCCUUGGUCUCUUGGAAAUCUAAGAAACAAAAUAUGGUUUCUCGCUCUUCCACUGAGGCAGAAUACCGUGCUUUGGCAUCUUUAACAUGUGAGCUACAAUGGCUUCAAUAUUUGUACAAUGAUUUUCAGGUCUCUUUUUCGCAACCGGCUUCGGUUUAUUGUGACAACAAGUCUGCCAUUUACCUUGCUCACAAUCCAACACUCCAUGAGCGUAGCAAGCAUAUAGAACUGGAUUGUCACAUUAUUCGGGAAAAGUUGCAGUCUAAGCUAAUUCUUCUUCUUUCUGUUCCUUCAAAAUCGCAGCUGGCUGAUGUGUUUACCAAGCCACUUCACUCUCCUGCUUUUUCAUCCAUGGUGUCCAAGUUGGGAUUGUGUUCCAUCCACCAUCCAACUUGA